CGCGCAGAACCCCUCCCUGGAUGGGCGCGCACCGUGCGUCGCGGUCCAGCGACCGGCGCGAGGAAGUCGGCCACUGGUCUCGGCGCGGAAGGGCGUCUCCGCCGCCUAUAAAACGCGCGUCCUCCUUCCCUGGAGACCUUGUGGGCGGUCAGGGACACACACAAACAAGUCAUGGCCUUCAGGCAAACGGGCCCAUCUUUGCUGGCAUUGCUAGUGGCAGUGCUCUUGGUGGCUCCAAGCUCGGAGAAGAAACUGCUCAAGCUGGCGCUGCUGAUGUCCGGAGGAACAACGUUCAUCCCCAUACCGGUGCCGCUGCAAAAGAAGGUGCAACACACCAAGCUCGUACCGUACAACAUACCGUACCCGGUGCCUGUGCCAGUUCAUACGCAUGAGCACGUGGGCCACGGCGGUAAGCAUGUGCAUGUCAACUACGAUCACAAGCACGAUCACUCGAGGAGCAAAGUAGUUGUCAUCGAUGGCGACCAUCAUCACGGCGGAGGGCACUACGGCGGGGGCCACUACGAACACUAUGGUGGAGGACAUUACGGCGGUGGCUACUACUGACCUCGUUGGCUAAGCUCCCUCAACUACUC